AGAUAGAAGUGAAAUAUUUGUCAAACUAGUUUAUUUUUCAAUUAUUCGAUAUUUCAAUUAUUUUGAUUUUCGAUUUGGAUUUUUCAAUAGCAAAAUUUUUUAUUAUCGACUGAAUAAUUACUUUUUUUUCACCCAAAGAUGCGUUUUUUUCUCGAUAGAUAUUUGCGUCUACUUUUACUCGGUUUGGUCACUUUUUUUAUUUAUUACUACAAGGAUACUUUCAUACACUCUACGCAACAUGCUAUUAUGGCUACUGAACAGAAGAACGAAAAACUAAUUUGCACGUCAAGAUGGGAAGAUGAUAAGAACGUUUGGCUCAUAGAAUCUACAUUCCAGACUUAUCUAAAACCAGAAAUCAUCUGUACACUGGAAUCAUACGCUUCCAAAAUGCCACAAAACUGUAUCAGGUAUGUUUUUCUUGACAGUCGAGUCAAAAUUGGUAAAAUGAAGACCCAGUUGAAACAAUCGCUUGGUGCAUUAUACAACAACUUUGACCUGAUAACCAUGCCAGCUUAUGACUUAUUCAGAGGAACUCCGGUCUAUCGAGUUAUCGGCAAACUUUUCCAUUCAAAAUACAAAACAAAUUAUUUGAGCGAUAUUGGUAGAGCUGUUUUACUUUAUAAGUAUGGAGGCCUUUACAGCGAUUCUGACGGUUUCUUGGCUCGAAAUAUUGAUGAACUUGGACACUCAUUUAUUGCUCGAAAUCCGAAUGGUAACUUAGCUUCUGGGUUUUCGGCGGCUCGAAAAAAAAAUCUGUAUUUGUUGGAGGUUCUUAAACGGAUUGCUGAAAAUUUUACACCAACUGGAACUUAUUUCCAAAUUUUCAAUAUUCAUAUAAAAACAGUAAAAAGCUAUUGCACAGAAACUUGCAAAGUUCAGUCUGCUGUUUAUGGUAACAAUAAUCACAACAACUCACAAUGUUGCGAGCUGAAACUUCUAGCGAGUCAUCAUAUCUGCAAUCCAAACCAAGAGGCUGAAGUUUCAGAACGAAAUAACUGCAGCUUUUUUCAUUAUGCACAUUCAUACAACUGUCUAAAAGGAAAUUACAAUCGAGUGUUUGAUAUCAACUCUUCAAAGAAUAGCGUCUCUGCAAUGGCUCGAAAACACUGCCCAGUUGUGGUGCAAAAAUAUAAACGCUUUAUAGUCACGUGUGCAGCUAAGAAAUGAAUAAAUAUUAUCAGUUUCUUUAUAAUCAAAUUAUUCAAUUAUUCAGAUUUCG